AUGCCCCAGGACGCGGACCUCCAUUUCAAGCCUCUGUGGGGGUCUACAACCACCCUUCAACCGCCGCAUCCGGACACUGAAAACACCUAUGAGGGAGACACUCUAAACCACGUUACGAUGGGAAAGGAAGUAGAUGAUGUGAACCUGUCGAUACACUCAGUGGACGGCCCUUGUGCACCGAAUCGCUCGAGAACGUGGGGAAACGAUGUCGUCGAAACGAGAAGCAGGAACUGGAGUUGGGCUUGGACAUGGGGAUUUCGCGACCGGUGGAUUUCAGCAUGCAGGACUACGGAACUAGUUAUGUCACCUGCGGUUCGAUCUGCUGAGCAAACGAUGCAAGCAGCCUUCAGCGCGAUAUGGUGUUUCAUCUGUCACAACGUCUGGCCAUUCCUGGUACGGGUGUUUACAGCGAAGAAGCAGUGGUUCGCAUUCUUCAUGUUCAUCUCCUGCGCAGUGGUGCCUAUGGUUACUCUUGGCUACUUUACACCUAGGCCCGAGUUUGCCGUUGGAACAUGGCCGCCCUACUACAAUGUCUUUGCGGCCAAGUACAUGAGCUGUGGCAACUACAUUGAUGAUCGGCCGGCCAAUUCGACAGUCACAGGCUUUGAAGGACUCUUCGUGCUUGAUCAGACCUGGGGCCGAUUCUCGUUUUCAACGGUCAAAACCAUCGAUGUUGCUUGGGACAUUCUCGUUGGCCGCGGAUUGCAACUACUGGCAUGGUGGGUUGCGUACGUUGUCUUCUCUGACGCUCUACUACGAGUGAUCGAACGUCACCCUGCAUCUUUCCGUAUCUUCCAACGUAUCGCACUGGAGGGACCCAGCCUAACCUCGCUAUGGACACUUUGCAAGGAGCUGUUGUCUGUCAAUAGUAAGCGAACGAAAACUCUGUUCGCCUACAUCCUCCUGUCCACGAGCUACGUCCUAUGCAUACCCAUGUUCCUUGGAGCUAUGACCGGUUAUGAUAGUACAUCAAUCGCUUGGUUGGAUCUCGACAACUCGAACAACAUCGUCCCCACAUCUGCAGUGAAGUAUGCCUGGGUCAUAACGGGUACUUCGAAUUCGACGUUCGAUGAACCUAUUUGCGCGGAUUCAGGCGAUUAUACGAUCCAGUCGGCCUACAUGUAUUCACGUAUGAGUCACUGUACCUGCCAAAUGCCAAACGGCACUUUGGCACCGCCAGGCACUUUCUGGUCUUUUAAAUCCUUCGAAUUGCUCAAGCAGGAAGACCAGUGGAAUGCGGCAGGAACACCUUGUUUGUUCAACUACCCAGGCAGCAACGACACCUGGCAAGAGACCAAGUAUGACUCGGAGACCGGCCGGUAUAGCAAAAAUGUGACCUACAACUGUAACGAAACAGUGACAUACAAAAUCAACGAUUAUCAGUACGAUGUUCAAAUCCUGAAUGCGACGAACGCCUACUGCUACGACCAUAAAGCAUACAAUCUGAUGGAUUUGCAGGGCAAGUCAAGAUGCCUACCCGAUACAGCCAAUCCUUCUUAUCAGUGGGGUUUCUCGACGAUGCUUUCGGGCAUAUUCGUGUUCAUACACUUUGGAUGGGGUGUGAGCAUGUACAUCCUAUGGCUUGACGCGCAAAGCAAAUCAACUCUGAUCCAAGAAGGCUAUGAGUUGACGCCGCUUAGAGCAGCAUUUGCGAUCGCAAAAGCUGUGAAACGCAAGACGGGUCUUGGAGAGAGACAACUAGUCAGACACGAUACAAAAGAUUUAAACAAGGAGCUUUACGGCAUCGGCAAAGAGAAGGGGACGAAUAUCGACUACAGUAUAUUCGCGGCGAAUAUUGAAGAAAAUGCGAAGGAGGAGAAGGGGGUCAGGAGGAGAAGAGCCUUGGCUCUGGAUGGACUGCCAUCUUGA